CUCUCUCUCCUCGUGGGGCAGCUCAGACGUGUGAGCCCCUCUGGGGAGCUCUGACACGCGUGGGGGCAUAGUGAAGUGCCAGCUCCAGGAAUGGGCGAGUGAGGGAGUGAAUGACUGGCUCUCUUUCAGGGAUGCUCUCAGAGCUGAAGCUGACCGUGCCCUGGGGCCACAUCGCCGCCAAAACCCGGGGCUUUGCGCGGGGCCCCCCAGUUCUCUGCCUGCACGGCUGGCUGGACAACGCCAACUCCUUCAACAGACUCAUCCCUCUUCUCCCGCAAGACUUCCAUUACGUUGUCAUGGAUUUCGGAGGUCAUGGGCUCUCGUCCCGUUACAGUCCGGUCCCAUAUUACCACCACAACUUUGUGUGUGAGGUCCGAAGAGUCGUGGAAGCCAUGAGAUGGAGUCGCUUUUCCUUCAUGGGCCACAGUUUCGGUGGCACUGUGGCCGCAAUGGAAAUGGAGAACGUGGUGACCUACAAGAGGAGAGCCAUAGAGCACGUGCUGCAGGUGGAGGCCUUGCAGAAGCCCCCGAGCGUGAUCAGCCCGGAGGAGAUGAUACAGGGGUUCUUGAAGAACAGGCAGAUGAGCAAGGAUUGUGCAGAGCUCCUCCUGCAGCGAGGAGCCACGAAGGUGGGCACAGAAAACCUCUUCGCGGAGAAUUCCUUUGAUUUCAUCAGCAAGGAGCUGUGUGUGCACUCUAUCAGGAAGCUGCAGGCCCACGUCCUGCUCCUCAAAGCAACCAAAGGAUUUUCUGACGUGAGAAGAGAGAACGACACCAAGAGGAGCCUGUUCUUCAUGAUCGACACGCUGAAAUCAGUCCUAAAAGAACGGUUCCAGUAUGUGGAGGUCCCCGGCAGUCACUAUAUCCACAUGGAGAAGCCCCACCACCUGGUUGGCCUCAUCGGCUCCUUUUUGCAGAGCAAGCACAAGACCCCAGCCCGGCUGUAGCUCCUGGGGGGCCACGGA